UUAUAUCGAAAUAUAUAUAGAAUGAGGAUAAAGGAUCAGUUCUUAAACACCUUCCAACAGGUGUCUCCGAAUAACAUGGCCGUGAUAUCAUUGGCCAUGUGGUUCGUGAUGAACAUCUCCACUCUCAUACUCAACAAAUAUAUUUAUGUGUCGCUACACUUCACCUACCCCGUCAGUCUGACGGCCAUUCACAUGAUGGUGUGUUCCAUCGGCUCAUACCUGGUGCUGCGCGUCUUUGAAAUGACGCCACUCGUGCCAAUCUCGAUGCGCGAGCAGCUCAAGACAAUCCUGCCGUUGGGCGCCCUGUUCGCCUUCAACAUCGUGCUGGGCAACGUCAGUCUGCGCUGGGUGCCCGUCAGCUUCAUGCAGACGGUCAAGUCGUCCGUGCCCCUGUUCACCGUGGCGAUGCAGACCAUGUUCUUUGGCAAGCGAUUCUGCCGCAACACCUACCUCUCGAUGAUCCCCAUCGUGGGCGGUGUGUGUCUGGCGUCGCUCACCGAGGUCAACUACAACCAUUAUGGCUUCUACGCGGCGCUUCUGGCGUCGAUCGUCUCGGCCCUGUUUGCCAUCGUCUCGGGCAUGUCGCUGUCGACACAGCUCAACGCCAUCAACCUGCUCUACUACAUGGCGCCCUGCUCCUUCCUGUUGCUGACGCCACUGGCUCUAAUCUACGAGCUGCCCACCAUCCAGGAGAAGUGGGACAAGUACGGCGAGGUCGGCCCCGUCGUCAUGCUGCUGAUCAGCGGAGCCAUCGCCUUCAUGCUCAACGUGUUCACCUUCUUGGUGAUACGCUACACGUCACCACUGACCUACACGGUCAGCGGCAAUCUCAAGGUGGUGCUCAGCAUAACGAUAUCGGUGAUCAUCUUCCAGAAUGAGGUCAACUUUAUGAAUGGCAUCGGGUGUGCUGUUGCCAUUGCCGGUGUCAUUUGGUAUAGCAAGAUUAGAUUCGAGGCACAGAACCAACCAAAGGAAGACAAUAAA